AUGGUGGUGAAGUAUUACAGAUCAAAGUACCAUUACCUUCGAUCAUUUAAUUCCAGCUUGAACCAUUUUAUACUCCACGAGCAUCAUCCCAAUUGUACAUCGGCUACAUGGAAGGAUAAGUUCUUGACAACUGUGGCAACUAUAACUAAAGCCAUUGCAUUCAAAUUGCUUUUGCAUUACUCAACAAUUGUCCAGUUGACAUUUUGGAUCUGCUUUUUAACAUCCUUAUCCCUAAUAGAUAUUUAUCAUGGAGACCUUAUAUUCUUGGCCAAGAGACUAGGGAGAGUAUCGGCUAAUUGUCUUCCCACCAUUUUGUUCUUGACAUUGCGUCCUUCGCCUUUGCCAAAUACACUAUACUUGACGCUUAUUCCAAUUCACAAGUGGCUAAGUCGACUAAUAAUUCUGCAAGCGGUGAUACAUACCCUAAUUUAUCUUGUCUACUUCAACAAAAAUGGUACUUGGGCAAAAGCAAUCAAAUUGGAAAACAUAUAUGGGUGGGUGGCGUUAGCAGCGUUCUUGAUAAUCAUUGUAACCUCCUUGUCAAGGUUCAGAGUUAAGUGGUACAAGAUGUUUUAUUUUAUGCAUUACACAUGCACUUGGAUUAUCGUCUUUUGCCUCCAAAUUCACGUUAGACCACAACCUUUCACACUUUAUACUGUUGCAAAUUGUUUGAUUUUACUUGGUCAAAUAUGCUACAGGGUCUACUUAACAAGAAUAUCACAAAAGGAUGAAGUUAGGGUCAUUGAUGUGUCGCCUAAUUUGGCUCUCAUUGAAUUCCCCAAUAGUAUGAUUGCCAAACCAGCCACAGCGCCAGGAGCACACAUCCGGUUGACAAACUAUAGCUCUAGCUUUAUAGUGAGAGCAUUUAAGCAAAUGAUACCCAACUACCACCCAUACACUUUGGUUUCACUACCACAAGACCGUGUUCAGAAAUUGCUAAUUCGGAAAAGUAAUUUCCAGCUCUACAACGGUCAUAGGUAUCUAAUCACCGGGUCAUAUGAUCCACAUUUGCUAUUUAUAAAUUACAAACAGAGUCCAACUAAUAAAAAGUUUUCGUUGGCAAAGCUACACGUGGACGCUAAAAGAAUUUUGAUUGUUGUUGGUGGAUCAGCAAUAUCUUUUGCUCUUCCUAUUCUUCGAGUUAUGAAUUACCAUGGUAUUCCAACUAAGGUGGUGUGGGUCAUUAAGGACUUUCGUGAUGUCCUAGCCCUUAAAUACUUUGAUGGUAUUAUCCAUGGUGAUGACUUGGAAAUAUUUAUUACCGGCAAUGAAACACUUCAAGAGCACCAGCAACAAUUAAAGAACGCAUACAGUUAUGCAUCGAAUUUGAGUAAGAGAUCUGCAGCGCCUUCGGCCCAUUACGAUUUGGAGAAUGAGGAAACUCCAUUAUUAAAUGGCCCUGAAAAUGGGCAGAUGGUGACGUUGAACCGGGAGAACCAGGACGAAGAUGUUGACAUUGUCGUCAACUCUGACGAUGAUGAGGACAAUGAAUCGGACUGUACCCAACAUGACGCAACUUCACUUUGCCGACAAUCUACUCCUGAACAAUUUGCCGAUCUUGAUGAGGUUCUUGAUGAUGAUGAAGCCAAUUCUUUGCAACAAGAUGACGAUUUGGAUGAGUUUGAAGUGACAAACAACACUAUAAACACGCGGCGCCUGUCAUUCAGAUCGUCAAUGAACGAACCAUUUGUGCCAUUUUCGGGCUACAAUUCGACUGAUCAAGCCAGGUCGUGGGUAUCCGAGUUCAAAGAAACUACACGUAGAUUGAACAUCGAUAAAAAGAUUUAUAAAGGGCGCCCGAAAUUGAGUCACAGAUACUACAACUGGUGUAUUAACGAAGGUUUCACUCAAUGUUCAGGCCCAGUGGAAGAUGAAAAUCAUAAUCUUGUUUGUUGUCGAGAUUUGCCACGUAACAAAGUGGUCCAAGAGGACAUUAAUGCAGAAAAGAUUUGGGUUAUCGGUGCUGGUCCUAGACAAUUGGUUGAGAAUGUGAAACUAUGGUCAAGCGAAAAUGGGUUAAAGUUUCACGAGGAGGCGUUUUAUUCAUAA